AUGUUUUUCCUCUCCUCAUUUCGAGCUCGACUAUCUCUCUUACUUAUCUUGGUCCCAUCGGCAUCUUUCCUUUUAUAUCAAAGAUAUACGUACACCGACUUACGACAUGCUUUACCUCAAGAUGUUUUGAAUGACUAUACAUCCCCUUCGAUACAUUGUUUUUGGUCUGAAUCAAGUGGAAGUGAUGAUCAUGUAGCAUCAACGUCGACAGGGACUAAAGGAAGGCUAGAAGAAUGGCUAGGAUGGUCUUCAUCAAACAGCCAAUACGAGGGGAAAAAGAGCAAUGAGGAAACAUUGGAUGGCUUCAUCUGGGAAGGACAAUUACCAGAUGUAAUUCCUUCGAGUGGAAUAGAGAAAUACAUGUUAUCUCAUAUAGAAGAAUUACAAAUUGGAUAUGAUCCCAAACACGAUCACGAGGAAUACGGAUUAAGAUUAGGUAACAUAUCUUUGAGCGAAUAUACCAAAGAACUAUUAACUACUUAUAAAGAGUACCUUUUACCUCAAACAUUAAAAACAACUUCAACGUCAAACUCAAAGCUACAUUUAGGUUCAUAUAUAUCACCUGUACUAUCAAGACUAAGUUUAAGACCACCUAUCAAGAACCUACCUGAAAGACCCAAACAAGUCAUGACUACAGAUAAAAGUAUCGAUGAUUUACCUUGGCAGUUUAAUAGAUGGAAAGAGAUUAUGCCAGAUUGGGAGAUCAAAUAUUUCGAUGAUGAUUCUUUGAGCAUUUGGGUAAACGAUAUUUUUCCUCAAUCAAAAGCUCAAAGGAUUUGGAAAGACUUACCUAGACAAGUUCUCAAGACUGAUAUUUUCAGAUACAUGGCAAUGUUGGUGGAAGGCGGUAUAUACACAGAUAGGUAA